AUGGGUAGAAAAAGAUCUCAAAAGGAAAUCCAAGAAAGGCUAGCAAAGCGGAGAAAAGAAGCUGAUGCCCUUCUUGAAACCGGUGUGUUCCAGGUGGAAGAUACGGAUGGUUUAGAGAAUGCUAUGCCUUCUAAGACAUCAUGGGAUGAUGAGGAGCAAGACUAUGAAUUAAAACCUAGAACCAUGAAGGGUCAGGAUACUGAAAACACCGUCGAAGGUCUACCGAUCAAGAGAGAUGGUAAAGUUGAGAGGAAGAUGAUCAAAGUGCAGACCAAACCUACGAAUGAGGAAGAAUCUGAAUCCGAGGAUGAUGAAGCGAAGACUCGUGGUACAUUGACAACUGAAGAUGAGGAGGAAGAUAACGAUGAUGAUACCCCAGAUACAGAAGAAACUAUCAUAGAAUUGAAGGAAACUAUAGCAGAGCUUGUAGAGAAGAUUAUGGAAGAAGCGGAAGAAAAUACAGCAGCUUUAACCCGUCUACGUAAGAUGGCAGGUUCAAAGAAUCCAAAUACCGCAAAAUUCUCCAUGUUAGCAUUGGUUCCGCUUUUCAAAAGUAUUAUCCCAGGUUAUAGAAUUAGACCGUUGACCGAACUUGAAAAGAAGGAAAAGGUAUCGAAAGAGGUUGCAAGGUUGAGAAAUUUUGAACAAAAUCUUGUCGUGAACUACAAAGCAUAUAUUGAUCUAUUGACUAGAUUAUCUCGUACACCUAAUAACGAUACUCCUAUCAAUGUGAAUUUGGGUAACCUAGCGACUAAUGCAGCUAUUGAAUUGACAUCUAGCUCUAUGCAUUUCAACUUCAGAGGGGAAUUGCUCACUAUAAUAAUUAGAAGAAUCUGUAAACCAAACCCUUCUGCUGAUCCUUUUUUUCAUAAAGCUGUUAAGGUAUUGGAAGAGAUUUUAAACGAAGAUGAAGAAGGUAACGUUUCGGUCGAUGUGGUAAGGAUAUUGUCUAAGGUUUUGAAGACAAGAAACUAUAAUGUCGAUGAGUCUGUCAUUAAUGUACUCCUAUCAUUAGAUAUUCUACAUGAUUACGAUCCAAAUACCAAACGUGAAGAAGAAGUUAAAAUGAAAUUAAGAAAGAAGGACAGAGUUCAUCUAUCAAAGAAGGAAAGGAAAGCAAGAAAAGAGAGGAAACAAAUUGAAGAAGAGAUGAGAGCAGCGGAACAAGCAGUUUCUGCGGAAGAAAGGGAGAAGAAUCAAGCUGAAAUCCUAAAGCUAACUCUUGCAUUAUACCUAAACAUCCUAAAAUCUGAUAUCACAAGUUUAGUUGGUGCUGUGUUAGAAGGUUUAGCUAAAUUUGGUCAUAUGGCAAAUUUCGAUUUACUAGGUGAUUUCUUGGUUGUUAUGAAAGAAUUAAUAGCUAACGCCGAACUUGACAACCUUUCUUCUGCUGAGGUUCGUAAGGUGUUAUUGUGUAUUGUUACCGCAUUUUCUCUUGUUUCCAGUCAUACCCAUAUGAAAUUGUCUAUGGAUCUAUCGGCAUUUGUGGAUGCCUUAUACGCUGUUCUUCCGUACCUCUCAUUUGACGCAGAUAUUGAGUUUUCUCAUAAAACUUUGAGAUUAGCAGAUCCUCUCAACAAUGAAUUAGUUAAACCAUCUGUCAAUGUCUCCACAAAAGCUGAACUUCUUUUAAAAGCAUUAGAUCAUGUUUUCUUCAGAUCAAAAUCUGGUACAAAACAAAGAGCUGCUGCUUUUACAAAAAGAAUAUAUAUGGCCUUGGAACAUACUCCAGAAAAGACGUCGAUUGCUCUUCUAAAGUUCUUGGAAAAGCUAACUACCAAAUAUCCAGAAGUACUAGGUUUAUAUUCUACGGAUGAUAGAAUAGGAAAUGGUGAAUUUCAUAUUGAAACAGAUAGUCCAACAAGAAGUAACGCAGAGGCGGCUAUGAUCUGGGAAAACAGCCUCCUUGUAAAGCAUUACUGCCCAUCUGUAGUAAAGGGUGUCAAGGCAUUGUUGCACAAGUCACAAGAAAAAAGAUAG